AUGUCCCUUCUUCUCAGGGUUGGCCUCGCGACUGUCGCGCUUCGCGUCGCUGCAGACCCAACUAUCGACAACUUAGUCCCCGCUCAAUACGGCGGCAUACCCUCUCCCCCACUCGGCUACAUGGUCGAUAACAUGCGCGCCAACUCAGGCCUGGGCUACCCGUCUCCUGCCAAGUCCAUCACCCUCUCAGAUAUCAUCCCCCAAGUCGAUUCCAAGGGUCAAAGCCGCUGCUGUCCCGUUGGGACCAUCAAUGACGGCACAGGCUGCGUUUUCCAGGAGUCUUCUGUCUGUGAGAAGGGCACUAUUCUUCAAGGAAACGUUUGUGUGAGUGUUGAUGGACCGCAGUGUCCUGGAAACCUCAAGUUUGAUGGCAAGAUCUGUCGCAGUGACGAGCCACCCAAGUGCCCUGGGUUACCGCAGUACAACCUUGCCACCAACCAGUGUGAGUCUUCAUCCGGUCCCAAGUGUCCUCCUACGUACAAUCUCGACAAGGGAACUUGUGUUUCCGAUUCGCCUCCAUCCUGCCCCAUCGGUUACAGCGAAAAGAACGGCCUUUGCGUUGAUAACUUUCCACCUGUCUGUCAUGGAGUAAACCAAGUCUAUGACAAGGGAUCAUGUGUCAGCAAAGAUCCUCCCAGUUGCCCUCAAGGAACUAAGCCUCAAGGCAGGAAAUGCGCCGGAGUUGUUCCCCCGGUAUGUGCGGGCAAAGCCAGGCUUGAUCGCGGCCACUGCGUUUUGGCGCCAGAAUGCCCUGAGAAGUACAAGUUUAAUACAUGGGUCUGUGUCAGGGAAGAUGACCCUGUUUGUUCUCCUGGAGUCUUCAAGAAUGGUAUCUGCCAGGCGGAUCCCACGUGCCCGGACGGCUACACCUACGAUGCAAUUGCUGACACCUGCACAUAUGUUACAGAGCUUCACUGCAGCUCUGGAUACAAAAUCUUUACUGCCCCGUCUGGCGCUAAGGGUUGCUGCAAGGAGGGUACCGACGACUUUGAUGGAACAUUCUGCUCGUGGGAAGUCACUGAGUCUGAAUGCCCUGACGGUACCGAGUACAAGGAAGGUUAUUGUCGCCAUCCCUCGGAGAGCCCUUCUUGCCCUGAUCUCUAUGACUCUAUCGAUGGAAGAUGUGUCAAGCGAACCGUGCCGCGGUGCACUAUCGGAAGCUACAACAAAGGGAAGUGUAUCUUGGGUGAUCCAACUUGCCCCACUGGAAGUCAAUUCAACGGCAAGGAAUGCGUACUUAUUGAGCGAGCGUCUUGCCCUGAUGGAUCCAGGCUUGUUGGCGAUAAGUGUAUUUCUCUGGAUCAGGCCACCUGCCCUCAAGGUCAACGGCAGGAAGGAGAUGACUGCAUCCAUGAGGAAUCGCCUAAGUGUCCUCCCAACACGAUCCUCGAUAACGGCGUCUGCAAGCACCCUGAUAUCCCCAUUUGCAAGUCUGGUACCAACUAUCUCAAUGAACACUGCACCUUGCCCACUCUCCCAACCUGUCCUAAGGGUAGCAUGAUUAGCGACGGAAAGUGUGUUGCGAUCCGACCUCCGCAGUGCCCCGAGAAACAUAGGUACUGUGGUGCAACCCAUACCUGUGUUCCAACAGGGCCUCCCAAGUGUCCAGAAGGCCUUGUAUGGGACAGGUAUCACUGCGUCAGCCGAAGGCUGGCGACGUGUCCCGAGGGCUACACUCGGGUUGGUCCCACGUGUAUCAGCAAAAACGACCCUCGGUGUAAAGAGGGAUUUGUCUUCGAUGUUAAGUCCCAAGGCUGCGUUUCCAAAGAUGAGCCUAAAUGCCCUGAAGGGCUUAGCUUUGAUGGAACGAAGUGUGCCUCUCCAAGAUCUCCAGAGUGUACUCAUGAAGGGACCACGUACGAUCCGAAGACACAAUCUUGUAUCGCAGCGCCACCUGGCUGUCCCGAGGGCACUGACUUCAAGAAUGGCGAAUGUGUGCUGAGGACACCACCACAAUGCCCUGACGGUACUGAAAUGAAGGAUGAUUCCUGUGUUGCGAUCAGGGGUCCUGAGUGCGAAUAUAAUCUCACCAUGGUUGACGGACGUUGUGUCUCUGAGAAGCCGCCUACAUGUGGUGACGGAACCACCUGGGAUGGAUCUCGUUGUGUUAUUGGUACCAGAACUUCAUGCUUCAAUUUGGAGGUAUGCCCUCCUAUUGGGGCUGCUGCUUUGCCGGCCCCUUCACCUGAGGUUUAG